UACUGGUAUUACUAUGGCAACUUACCAUUGGCUAAGUACGAGUCGGGUCUUCCAGAUUUUGUUGAAAAGCGUCAGGGUGGUUUCCUUGGCUUUUCCUCCCAUUCUAAUUAGAUAUUCUGGAUGA